AUGUUCACUACAAUCGUCAACCUUGUCGGAAGUGUUUUACACCUAUCCCUAGUGUCAAUACCCAACAGAUCGUUCUACCACGUCGCUGAAGACUUAAUCACCGUCACCGCCCAAAUCGGGGUCUACUACUACAUCAUCGUCUACGUGCCUCUGCAGCGAGUAGCAGCACGCUUGUACCUCAAACUUUCCAAAUUUGACGCCUUCGGGAAACCCCCAGAUUUCGACGAACACUCAAUCAAACUCAAAUACGUAGCUUUAGCUUACAAAAUGGGCUUGAACACUGUAGUCACCGCUUAUUUCUUCGAGCCUAUUUUAACCCGACAUUUCUGUGAACGCCAGAACGAAGCUCGACACUUUAAAGACAUUUGUGGGUUAGUCACUGCGUCCUGGAUGCCUUUCAACAUCGAGGAAUUCCCCAACAAGCAACUCUUCUACAUGUGGCAAACUUAUUCGAUUUAUUGGACGUACGAAGGCUCGGCCGCUAUUUCAUUUCUUAUUGUAGGAACAAUGGAACACGUUUUAGUCAGAAUUUGGCACUUGCGAACUAUGAUUAAGGAAGCUAUUGAAACAGAGAACGAGGAAUCGAGGAAACAACAAGUAUCGAGGUGUCUGGAGUACCACAAUCACAUUUUCGAAUUAGCACACGACGUCGACAAAAUCUACAAACGGUGUUUGUUUGUUCACGUUUUGUUUUCGGGGGUUCUUUUUGGGAUUAUGGGUUUUAGUAUUCUGACGGUGGGGAUGUCGAUUAAGACCAUUUCUUUGUUCGUUGUGUGGGUUUGUGCGGCGAUUUUUUCGAGUCUUUCGGCUCAGAGGUUGUACGAUGGGUCGAUUUUGAUAGGUGAAGAAGUCUACAAUAGUAAGUGGUACGACAGAGACUACAAGUUUCAAAGAGACCUCAUCACUAUUCUCAAAAGGGCUCAAAAACCUAUCACUAUUCAUGCAGGGCCUUUUGCUGAAAUCUCGAACGUCUUUAUUUUAACGAUUUUUAAAACGGCUUACUCAUAUUUAACACUUUUGAUGGCAUCAAGUAAAGGUGACCUUUCCGAGGUGUUUCUUUGCAGUUUAAUGACAGUAAUUUUGCAUCAACCACAAGACUUGUUGGAGUUUUUAAACGAUUUGGACUUGUGGUGGAGAAUUCUUGAAAUAAUUCAGUGGAAAAGAACCGAAUGA